UAGAAAAAUCUGAAUUUGCAAUUCCAAUCUGUCAUCUCUCUCUCUUUGAAGUCUUAACCAAAUACUUUUUUUUUUGGUUAGAUAUUCAAUAUACCGUCGUCGCGUCUCUCCUUCUUCUCCAAACCAAAACAUGGGUCCUUCUCCUUCUCCAAAAUCCUUCACUUUCCCUCACUUUCCCGCAUUUUCCCUCUCAUGCCCUAACUUUCGCACUCUCACUCUCUCCCUGUUUGCGUUCCUCCUCACUUUCGCCGCCGCAACGGCCAGUAGUCCUUCCACCAUUUACGAUUAUCUCCGGCUGCACGGUCUCCCGAUUGGCCUUUUCCCAAAGGGCAUAACUGAAUUUUCACACGAACCUUCAUCCGGGAAUUUCCAGGUCUUGCUGAACCAGCCCUGUAAUGCCAAGUUCGAGAAUCAGUUUCACUACGAUUUCAACGUCUCCGGCACCUUGACGUUUGGCCAGAUCGGAAAUUUGUCUGGCGUUACGGCUCAGGAGCUCUUUCUAUGGUUCCCUGUCAAAGGUAUUCGCGUCGAUGUACCCAGCUCUGGUCUUAUCUAUUUCGAUGUGGGUGUCGUUGAUAAGCAAUUUUCUCUCUCCCUCUUUGAAUCACCUCCCGAUUGCACCGCCGCUGAGCCCUCUGAUCUCACUUCCGAUGAUGCCUCCUUUCACUCGACAUCCCACAUAGCCGAUUUACAGUCUCGCUCUCAGAAUGGAUUCCGAAAACUUGGAAAUGAAAAUGGGCGAAGGAGCGAAUUAAGGGCUACUUCGUAGAUUGUGAACCAAAGACAUCAUUCAAGAUUCAAGUUAUCUCGAUCAAUCUAAGGGUUUUCCUUUGCCUAAAGAGAAUGUUUAAGAGUCUGGUUUGGAAGGUCCUAUGCUUUUUGUAUGUGUGCUUGCUUGCUAGGUUGUACAGAUAUUUCAGCCUGAUACUUCCAUCUUUUACAAUGAAAAGUAACAGUUUUGGUUAUAAUGGACGAAGAAGAAGAAGAAGAAAAGAUUUAUGAAAGAAUUGACCUCAUCAAUCAGGAACUGAAGGCAAGACAGGUCAUUGAUCAGGUUGGUUUAGCCAAUAAUAUAAUAGAGUUAUGUGUUUUUUUUCAUUUCCCUUUUGUUGUUAUAAUACUAUGCAUAUAGAAGAAACGUGAGUUUGUUUUUGAGGUCUUGUAAAUUAAAGAAUGUCUAUUCUGUUGGUUUUGUCUUGUGAAGUUGCUAAGAUUUUAUGAUUUUUUUUCCUUUAAAAUAAUAUAAACAUUUGUUUAAAUUAUAA